GCUACAUGACAGAUCACGAACUUGGGAUAUCGGAUGCCAGCGAGCGGCUUCUAGAGACAUUACUCGAGAAGAACCAGAACCCACCCGAUAAUUCGCUUUUCCGGGACGAUGUUUUCAACAAACAUCUUCAGAAACUCAAAGGGAAAACCGAAUCAAGAAUCAUACAGGACCUAUCUCCACUGCUCGUCCCUUCCGCGGAAGCACUCAACACCUUAGGCGCCAACAACCUCAAAGGAAUCGUCGAAAGCGUCAACGAGGGCUGGACCAACUGUUUCCCAAUCACCAAACCCCGUCCCCAGCCCGACAGCGCCUUUGGAUACGGAACCUCUGCAUUCACCGACCAGCAGCUCAGAAACCUGCGCCCAGCUCUCGGAGACGCCUCCUUCUGUUCCUUCUUCAAAGCCACCUACUACAUGCACUUCCCGUUCCUGACGAAGGAAGUCAAAACCGGCACCACGGGCCUCGACACCGCCGACAACCAAAACCUGCACAGCAUAACCAUCGCCGUGCGGGCCGUCGUCGAGCUCUUCAGGCUCGUCGGCCGCCAUUCCGAACUGCACCGCGAGAUCCUCGGCUUCACCAUCUCCCACGACGACAGCUCGGUCCGGCUGUACGCACACUACCCCUUCAUCGACGCCGCCGACGGCGAGAACGUCACUAUCUGGCGCCGCACCGUCGAUCGCUUCUACCUCGACGGUCGGACGAAGUGGCGGUCGUGGACGUACGUCACCAACAUCUACUCAUUGUUUUAUCCCAAGCAUCUGGAGCGGAUAUGCUCUGCGAUUGAUGACAUUUCUCAGCCUGGAAUGACGCUCCACCGCCAGAUAAACGACGACGAACCACUAGAGACACCCGAACACGCAUCGCCGGCGUCUUCAUCAUCGUAGGUGGGCCCCAGCAACGCUGGCGGGAAGAAAUCGAGGAGUUAGGAGAGCCGGUCCAAGAGGGCUACCAGGAAGCCACUAUGUUAACU